CUGUCAAAGGUGCAUCGGUCCCGCUCGCACAGCGCUCCAUCGGGUGUAUUUCGGUCUCGCUCACACUCGCACACGCAAGGUGUUCCGUAGUCCUGUUGUCGUCCGUUAUUACCCAUCGUUUUAGUAUGAUUUCCAUCGCCAACGACGUAUUUUUAUUUAUAAACGUUUCUCGUUCCUGAAAUACGCAAAACAGCUGAAUUCCUUGUGUCCGCGUGUGUGUCGUUUCGGGUUUUCAUCAUCCUAAGUUACAUUACAUCCCUUGAGGGGCCAACCAUUUAAGUUACCACCCUAGUGGCAUAACCCUGUGUAACACACAUGCCACACGCACUGUUCCGACCAAGACGAUGGAAACGUUGUGUAGAGUAGGCGCCACCGUGCUGCACGGUAUCCUGGACAGCAUCAAGGGCAUCACCGUGAUCUUCUAUCUGGACAAGGAGGCCAACCGAAAGCUGUCCCAACCCACCACAAAACCGCUUCUGUCAGGAUCGGCUCCCCGGACGAAGGAAAGCUUAUCGUCCCAGCCUCGCACAUCGUCAUCGAGUUCACUCGUUUCGAAGCGAAUUGAAGAAUCCAAGGUGCUAAAGCGUGUUCUGCAGUGCUCGCUACUAAACGGUGGAAUAUUUAUGCUCAGCAUCCUCUUCUUCGAGUAUGCCGUCCUGCCCGGGUUGCAUCUCUUCCUGUGGUAUCUGUUCCGUAACUCGUCCACCAUGAGCACCGUCUGGGGCUGGAUGCUACCGUCCCUUUCGCUGCUAUUCAACUCGUUCUGGGUGGCGCCACUGUUCCUGCUCAGCAAGAUCGUCAACAGCCUCUGGUUUCAGGACAUUGCCGAUUCGGCGUACAAGUUCCGGAAGGGUCGUCCCCAGCUUAUACCGAGCAUUAGUAAACUGAUCGCCGACACACUGAUCAGCCUGCUGAUCCAGAUCCUGUUCCUGCUGCAGAGCACGCUGGUAAAGUACCUGCCCGUGCCGGUACCGUUUGCCUGCACCGCUAUCUACAUGAUGCACAUGAGUCUGCUCUGCUCACUGUACGCGUUCGAGUACAAGUGGUUCAAUAUGGGCUGGGAGUUGCACAAACGGUUAACGUACAUCGAACAGAACUGGCCCUACUUUUUAGGCUUCGGGUUACCGUUGGCCGUACUGUCCGAGCUGCCCAACUCGAUCGUCAUCAGUGGGUGUGUGUUUUCGGUCCUGUUUCCACUGUUCAUUAUCAGCGCUAAUGAGGCGACACCCAAGGUGGAUGUGUGCGAAACACCGCUAAAACUGUUCUCCAUUGUGGUUGCCCUUACGAAUGCUCUCUUCCGGGGUCGAACGAAACCCGGCAAAGCGGCCCUAUCGCAACCGCUUACACCCGGUAGUGCUGGCAGUCUGCACAAUACUCGUGGCCUAACACCACCCCUAUCAUCGUCAGCGUCUGCUUUUAUGUUUCAACAGCAGCAGCAGCAGCAGCAGCAGCAACAAUUCCGGCACCACAAUUCUCAGAAGCACCAUCACCACAAUCGAUCGCACCAUCGUCAACCUUCACCAUCUCCGUCGGCCGCCUCGUCCACGUUUGCUUCCGUUCAAACGGCCCAGCUGCAUCAACAGCACACCGUUCUUAAUCGACCCCUUAGGCGAUAGGAUGCGCUUCCGGAGGCGCGCUUUCUUGCUCCUCAACAAACAGAACGAAAGCUCAAAACGACGAGACUAGGGGAGCAAUCACUGGACGACCGAAACCCAACCGAGAGACACGGGGGGAUGUGCAGGAUUCGCUAACGGUUUUUUAAUUUUCCAUCGGGAAUGUUUGUGCAAUUUUACCUCUUUUUUUCUUGACUCAAGAGCAGACCGCUUUAAGGCGACCGGAGAUAUAGAGCAUUGGGCGAAACGAAAAGGAAAAGAUAUUUUUCGUAACUUUAACUACCAAUUACAUUACUAACCUCCAAGCUUAACCGUCGAUCGUACACGUACACAAUCAAACCAACCUGAUUAGGACUGUCGAAUUGAUGAGCUUUUCGCCCAAAAUUAUUAACCGAUUUGAUAGGCAGAGCAGAUUUCCCAUGUGAGAGAUUUAUGUUAACUAAAAUGGGGCGAAACAAACACGAGUAGAUCAACUGUUACACAGUGUGAUGUACUUAUAGCAUAAUGCGUGUGUGUGUUUGUGGGGGGGUGUGGUGUAUAAAAGAAAACGGUUCAACGAUAGCAGCUAGAGUGACAAAAAAAGGCUUUCGUUUCCGCACACACCGGGUUCGGGAAAAGGGUUUUGUAAAACGGUUUUUCUUUUUUGCUUUUCUCCUGUUUUUGUACCGCUCCGAUACAUGAAAGACUGCCCGCGUUUUUAGGCUGCGCAAACGUGAAAUCUGUGAAACAGACCAUUAAAAGGUAAUAAAUUUACUCAAAACCAAACGUA